CAAGAAUUUCGGUGUCGGUUGUUUAUCGGUUGUUUUCCAAUGUUUACGGUGAUUAAAAUGUUUACGUGAUUUUGGGCCGUUCAUGCCGCACUUUAUCACACCUUUCCCGUGUUUUGCCGAAGCCCAUGUCUUCCACACCAGCGAAGGAUGAACCCUAUGACCAACAUUAAAAACAUCACAAAAUUAAGUGAACUCGAGCUGACAAAGAGCUGGAAUUCGUCGUGGCAUGACAAGUACAAGGACAGCGCCUGGAUUUUCAUCGGAGGGCUGCCGUUUACGCUGAGCGAAGGAGACGUCAUCACCAUCUUUUCCCAGUAUGGCGAGGUUGCCUCGAUAAAUUUGGUUCGAGACAAGGACACGGGCAAGAGCAAGGGCUUCUGCUUCCUGUGCUACGAGGACCAGAGGAGCACCGUCUUGGCGGUGGACAAUUUGAACGGAAUCAAGGUGCUGAACCGGACGAUCCGCGUCGACCAUGUCGAGGAAUACAAGAUGCCCAAGAAGCGGAAAGACGGCGAGAGCAACGACAACACCCACAUACUAGCAAAGAAUCCAGAACCGCUUCUGGCGCCCAGAGCUGCUGAGGUGAAGGAGGAACAGAGCGUCGAGAGGAAGAGACACUCGAAAGACAAGAAAAAGAAGAAGAAAAAGUCCAAGAAGAGGAGGAGGAGCACCAGCAGCUCUUCCUCGACCGAUUCUGAUUAAGGUAAUGAACUGAGCUAGACAACAACGAAUUGUGUGAGUGGAAUAAACGUUUGAACGAGUUGAAA